AUAUAUAUAUAUAUAUAUAUGGCUUCAAGAGUGAUUUUGCGAAAGAAAAGGAACCUUUUGUUUAAUCACUUCAUUAGUCAACAUACUAGUGUUAUCCUUGGAUUCUCAAGUGUUGGGAUUGGUCAGCCAUUUGAAUCUAGUGAAUUAGAUGGCUUGAGUCGGUUUCCCUUUUCUUCGUCCGCAACUACUGGACAUGGACAUGAUUCACAUGAACAUGGAAGGGAAAGAAAUAUGUAUACUGUCAACAAUGAUGAUUUGGAAGAUUGUUCGGCAUCAAGAUUUUACUUGCAUAAUUACUUUGGAGGUUUGAAUUUUGGAAAUAGAACAGAGAAGAUAGAGUUAGUUUCUCUUUCGAGAUUAGGGUGGACGUUCCAAAGUGUCCGUAACAUUUCCACGGCUUCUGCUAAUCAAUCUAGCUUGGGUAGCAACAGUGGUGGAAAUGGAAAUGAAAAAUCUGAUACUAAACAGAAGAAGGAAGCUUCGCCGGAGGAGUGUGAUGAGGCUGUUGAAGACUUGAGUACCAUAAAAGCGAAAGCUAAGGCUAAACAAUUACAAGAACCACAUAAGAGUACUGAAUCUAUUGUAAAGAAAUUCUGGGCUAUGAUUCUAGGAAUUGGUCCAGCUUUCCGAGCUAUUUUGUUGAUGAGCAGGAAUGAUUGGGCAAAGAAGUUAAGUCAUUGGAAGGAUGAAUUUAAAUCCACUCUGCAACACUAUUGGUUUGGAACAAAACUACUUUGGGCUGAUGUUAGGAUAAGCUCCAGAUUAUUGUUAAAACUUGCCAAUGGAAAGAGUCUUUCUAGAAGGGAGAGGCAGCAACUCACGAGGACAACAAUCGAUAUUUUCAGGCUAGUUCCUUUUGCUGUAUUUAUCAUAGUUCCAUUCAUGGAGAUUCUCUUGCCAGUAUUCCUGAAACUGUUUCCCAACAUGCUGCCUUCCACUUUCCAGGAUAAGAUGAAAGAACAGGAGGCAUUGAAAAGAAGGCUAAAUGCAAGGAUAGAAUAUGCCAAAUUUCUUCAAGAUACUGUAAAAGAAAUGGCAAAGGAGGUUCAGAAUUCACGAAGUGGAGAAAUGAAGAAGACAGCAGAAGAUCUUGAUGAAUUUAUGAACAAGGUCAGAACAGGUGCUCGAGUUUCUAAUGAUGAAAUCUUAGGCUUUGCCAAAUUAUUUAAUGACGAGUUCACUUUGGAUAACAUUAGCAGGCCUCGCUUGGUAAAUAUGUGUAAAUACAUGGGUAUCAGCCCAUAUGGUACUGAUACAUAUUUGCGUUAUAUGCUCCGCAAAAGAUUACAGGAGAUCAAGAAUGAUGAUAAACUGAUUCAAGAAGAAGGUGUGGAGGCUCUUUCAGAAGCAGAGCUUCGUCAAGCUUGUAGAGACCGAGGAUUGCUUGGAUUGCGUUCAGUGGAAGAAAUGCGGCAACAGCUUAAUGACUGGCUGGAUCUGUCUCUCAACCAUUCUUUGCCAUCUUCCCUCUUGAUUCUUUCUAGGGCAUUUUCCGUCACAGGAAAGGUCAAACCAGAGGAGGUUGUUCAAGCUACACUCUCUUCUUUGCCAGAUGAGGUUGUGGAUACUGUUGGGGUGACAGCUUUGCCUUCUGAAGAUUCUGUUUCGGAGAGGAAGAGAAAGUUGGAAUAUCUUGAAAUGCAGGAGGAGCUAAUCAAGGAGGAGGAAGAGAAGCAGGCCAAAGUGACAGAAUCUAUAGGUGGCGAAAGGAAUUUGGCUACAAAAGAGGUGGCUCCAACGACCGAACAAACACGAGAAGAGAUAAAGGCAAAGGCAUUGGAAAAACAUGAGCAACUUUGUGAGAUCAGCCAAGCAUUAGUUGUUUUAGCAUCAGCAUCUUCGGUGAGCAAAGAACGUGAAGAGUUUCUGAGGCUUGUUAAAAAGGAGAUGGAGCUGUAUAAUAGUAUGGUAAGGAAAGAAGGUGGUGAAGGUGAGCAGGAAGCUAAGAAGGCCUAUAGAGCUGCAAGGAAGGAUAGUGACGGUGCUUUGGAGGUCGCUAUUAGUGACAAGGUUUCUUCAGCACUUGUUGACAAGGUUGAUGCUAUGCUCCAGACACUUGAAAAAGAAAUUGAUGACGUUGAUGCUAAAAUUGGAGACCGGUGGCGGUUGCUAGACAGGGAUUAUGAUGGGAAAGUGACGCCUGAGGAGGUUGUAUCCGCUGCUAUGUAUCUGAAGGACACUUUGGGAAAAGAAGGAAUUCAAGAACUUAUCAGCAACCUUUCAAAAGAUAUUGAUGGGAAAAUAUUGGUGGAAGACAUUGUCAAAUUGGGCACCCAGAAGAAAGAAGAUGCCGAUAAAGACGAAGUAGGAAGAUCGUAGUGUUUAUUUGUGAAUUUUGUCAUGUUAUUUUUUAAAAUGUAACCAUGAAGAAUAAUGGUUGGUAUGUAAUCAUGGAACCCCAUGCCCCCAAAAUUUAUAAGCAAAAAUGGUUAGGUUCAUACCGAAUAUAAGGUUAGAAAAUACGAAUGAUUUUUUAUUUUUUUUUAAGUUAAACUAGAGUAUCGAGAUUGGUAUCAGGAUAAUCAAACUUGAGAGUCGAGAGGAGCACACUUAGAUGAACAAAUUUAAUU